ACUUUUUGAAAUUCGUAUUACUGUAYURGAGGUUUCARCGGCUUCCUGGUUUCUGCAAAUUAACUAAAAAAAUACUGGUUCCUCAGCCAACUAUUAGCACGUCCCAAGACAAAAGAAACAUUCAAGUGAGUCAUAGAGAGAUUUGGCGUAUAAUAGAUUUUCUAAUUUCGUUUGAAUCUGGGAUUAACAUAUAUAAAUUACCAAUGAAACUUGCUGUUCCUUGUAAUGAGAGAGAUAACAUCGAGGAUUCCCGCAGGAAGAGACAUAUGGGAGAAUUUAUUGAAGACGAAAGCGUGAGAAUUCAUUGAAAAUAAGCUGGCUUGUAGAAAGACAGAAGUAUUCAAGCAAAUCAAGUUUUGGGACUGAAUUUAUUGGUAAUGUUUUCAAAUAAUGCAUUUGAAUUCUCCGACAACGAUCAUUAUAUCCAUAACAACGCGAGUGAAAACGGUUAUGUCAAAAAAACUAAACAGAGAGACCCUUCCACAAAGGAGAGCCAACUACAAAAUGGCUUUCUUCAACCGUCUACYAAUCCAAAGAACAAGAARAAGAGAAAGAGCUCAGAGAUUUAUAAAGCGACUUCAGAGGGUUUAAUAAGCGUUUUAAGAUCUCUAAUYAUUGGAGAUGCAUCUCUGGUUCAUGAGUGYGACGAAGARGGUUUCUAUCCAUUACACAUUGCUGCUAAAUACAACCGAGCACAGGUUGUCARUAUUUUGCUCGAUUUUGGAGCAGARUGUAACAUGGUGUCCUCGUCAAAUGGCCUCACUGCUCUUCACAUGGCAAGCAGAUUCAAUUCUGUSGAUGCAGCAAGAGUUUUGCUUGACCGAGGAGCCAACCCAAACUUUCAAUCGCCAUCUAAUGGGCAAUCGCCACUUCACGUGUGUGGACGUUUCRACAGUGUUGACGUAAUGAAACUUCUCCUUUCAAAAGCAAACAUUGAAUUGGAUAUCAAGGAUUGUAUUUCUGCUACACCUUUGCAUAUWGCAUCUUCAUAUGGGAACCUAGAGCCUACUAAGUUGCUAAUUUUCCAUGGAGCAAGUAUUGAUGCCAGUGCGGUCGAAGACUUUCGAGUUCUGCACACUGCUGUCUAUGGCUCARAUAUCAGAGUUAUUUCGGCAGUUAUUGAUUCAGCAAUUCAGCGAUACUUCAAAUCCCCCGUCAAUGUAUUUUCCUCAUCUUCAUCGACGACAAAUACAAAGUUCCAAAAUUUCAUCGACGCGAAGAGCGAAUCAGGCGAUACAGCUCUUCACAUUGCUGUGAAGCAAGGUUGUUUUGAAAUAAUAAAGUUACUCAUCCAGCAUAACGCUAGCGUCAAUGCAGUGAAUAACUCGAAUCAGACUCCUCURCACUUUGCGGCCAUGUGUGGCGGAGGUGAGACUGUUGAAUUGCUGUUGACCAAACAAGCAAAGACGAAUUGUCAGGACGWGGAUAUGAAAACUCCGUUACAUUACGCUGCAUCUAUUGGUAACAGCGAAGCCGUCAAGCAUUUGUGGAACCAAGGCGCCAGUGUUGACGUCAAAGACAUCAACAAAYUGACRCCACUUCUUUAYGCAAUAACCGCUGGUCAGUUUGAGUGUGYGUGCCUGCUUGUGAACUAUGGGGCUGAUAUCCUAAUGUUGGAUAAUAAUGGACGAUCAUGCCUCCAUCUUGCAGUUGAGAAUGAACACGAYGACUUGGUGUCAUUUCUCUUGGAGAAGAAGAAAGGGAAACAAUUGAUAGAUAAAUAUGAACCAGAGAAGGAAAGGACGCCAUUACACUACGCCGCCUUGACUGGGAAUGUAAAGAUAGUGGAAUUACUACUUAAACACAAACCCACCACUGCCAGGAAAGAUAUUCAUCGGAAAACUGCGCUCCAUCUUGCUACUGAAGUGGGAAAGAACAGAGUUGUCGAACUACUUGCUCGUGCGGGGAUUACAGCUGUGUUUGACAGAGAUGAUAUGCUGAGAACUCCAUUACACUAUGCAGCGAUAGGCAAACGAAGAAAACUUUGCGCAAACCUUCUCCGAUUUGGAGCUGAGGUAGAUUCCCAAGACGCAAACCGCUGGACACCAUUAAUGUGGGCUGUGAAGAGUGGUGACAUGGACACUACGUCAUUGCUCUUAGAAAACAAAGCUCAACUUGGCUGCGUAGACAACAAGGGAAACACUUUAUUACAUGUGGCGUGUUAUAACAACCAGGUAGAGAUUGCAAAGUUGCUUCUUGAUAGCGGGAUUGAUAUUACAUUGAACAACAAUCAGAUGAAUUGUUUGGACUGCGCAGUKGARCAGCAACAGUGCGAUGUUGUCAUGGCAAUUGUCAAGCAUAGCAGAUGGGAAGAGAUAUUCCGYGUCCACUGUCAUGGUCUGCAAAAUCCAAUGACUACUUUGAUACAAACCUUCCCCGAAGCGGCGGAGGUCGUCAUGGAUCGUUGUGUCCAGCGGUCUCUCAGUGUAAAACGCAAAUCAACCAAAGUCGUCACGUCCUACAACUUCCGUUACCUCGACCCAGGCCCCGACGACGUCAGCGGACCRGAAGGGGAACGGUACCUUGGUUUAAUAGAUAUGGUUCAAUUCAAACGACAAGAUCUACUGACCCAUCCCCUUGCAAGGAAACUUUUGAGCUUAAAAUGGAGAAAGUUUGGAAGACUUAUCUAUUUCUUUAAUAUUUUCAUAUACUCUGUGUUUCUGAUGAUGUUGACGGGUUUUAUAAUGACGGAAAGGAACCACGUUUCGGUAAAAACUCUCCAAAACCGCAGUGCUUCUAGAGAUAUGGAUGUCGUUUACGACGAACGCGAUAACGAUAGAAGAAUCGUACCAAUGACGAUCCUAGCGUUUUCAGGAUUUCACCUUUUAAAAGAAUUGUAUCAAAUGUAUCUGCUACGAGGACGAUAUUUCAUGGACAUAGCGAACUUCAUGGAGUGGUGUCUGUAUUUGUCUUCUCUCACUUUUGUGUUUCCUUUCGUUAUGAAGGACGAAACGCUCGCAGUUGAAAAUUACAAGAUCUUUUGGCAGAUUGGAGCAAUUUCGGUAUUCAUGGGGUUUGGGAACUUCAUCCUAUUCCUUCGAGUCUUGUCGCAUGUUGGACUGUAUGUGACUAUGUACAUUGAAGUUGUCAAGACACUAAUGAAAGUCAUGUGUUUGUUCAUGGUAUGGCGCCGAGCGUGCAAGGAUAGAAACCUACUAACAAUUACGGGUUUUCAGGCUGCGUUUGCAGACUUUUUCAAAUCCAUCGUCAAGACAACGGUAAUGACAGUUGGUGAGCUUGAUUACGCAACGUUAUUGGUUGACGGUUUAAACCAAAAGAAUGACGAGACUGGGGAGCAGUACGUUCCCUUUCCAGAUCUAUCCUUCAUCUUUUUCUACAUAUUUCUUCUGGCGAUGCCGAUAGUGUUAAUGAACUUACUGAUUGGUUUGGCUGUCGGUGAUAUUGAUGCCAUUCAACAAACUGCAUUCUUGUCAAACAAAAAGAUGAGAAUUGAUUUUGUAUCCGAAGUCGAAAGAAAAUUUCCUCUGUUCAUAACGCACAGACUUUACAAASCAGAACUCACCGUGCACAACACGAGAAGAAAGAUGAAAUCAUUCAGCCGAACAUCCAACGCGCAGCUACUUGUCGAUGACGAAGAUGUAGGCGAGGAAACCGAUAUAAGAGAAGAUCCUUCGACAAUACAAUUCCGAGAAGUAAAGCAAGAAUUGUCCAAAACCAGACAGCAAAUGAAAGCAUUAUCUGGUCGAAUGGAAAARCAACAAGAACUCUUAAUUGCUUUAGCUAAAAAGAACGGWAUUACCGUGGGAGGACCCCCGAAAGACAAUCGACGCAUCGUAAAGCUUUUCUAACGAUUUUUAUUUUUGACAAAAUAAAAUAUGAUUUUUUUGCUGGCCAU